GAGCAUAUAAAAAAGUUAGUAAAAUAAGGCUGCUCAAUAUACCACAAGAAUCAUGAUCUUUCCAUUUUUUACACUAUUUCUUAACCAAAAAAAGCAGUUCACAAAUUCACACACUAGGGUUAGGGUUAGUCAAUAGCAAUAGGACACUCCUUUGUGUAUAUAUAGCUAGAACCAUCGCUAUAAGCAUAUGAUAUAACCAUCAAGUAUAGUGUAUUUUGAAAGGAUGAAGAAGCGACAAGUUGUGUUGAAAAGAGAUGUUGCUAAAACUACAUCUUCAAUCACAAGAAAUAUUCGAUACGGAGAGUGCCAGAAGAAUCAUGCAGCAAAUAUUGGAGGGUAUGCUGUGGAUGGUUGCAGGGAGUUCAUGGCUAGCACAGGCGAAGAAGGAACAGGUGGGGCUCUUACAUGUGCUGCUUGUGGUUGUCAUAGGAACUUUCAUAGAAGGGAAGUGCAAACUGAAGUUGUUUGUGAGUACUCACCACCGAAUUCUGCUCGAUGAUAUCAUCGAUCUCUCCAUGAAACUACAUACCUCUAUUUUCAUCCAUAUUUUUACAGAUCCGUCCAAUCUUAUAUAGAUCCGUAUAAGAUUGGACGGAUUCAUGUCAAGAUCCUUUACAAGAAAGGUUAAAAUAUACAGAUAGAAUGCAAGAUUGUGUAUCAAAUUAACUGAUUGAUUUUUAUCCUUGUACAAAAUAUUCAAACUUUAGGUUUUCUUUUCUUUUCCCCUUCCAUUUUUCCCCUUUCUGGGAAGCAAGAUGUGUUUUUUUAUUUUUUAUUUCCAUUUGAUUACUGUAAUAUUAAUUUAUUGGUCUGAUAGUGUUUAACCUAUCUAUUUCAUUUGCUA